AUGGAUGCUAUACGCGGAGUCCUGGUGUGUUUUCUCUUAUUAGGGCCGUCGUAUAGUCAAGCACAACAUGUGCCCAGAGAUAAUAGUAACAUCGUUUUCGCCCCACCCUCAGCUAAUCCACCACCAGUAAGAGCCCAACAGAGACCAGUAGAAACCAAUACUAUUUAUAGAAGACCAGCACAACCAGCACCACCACCCCAACAGCAACGAGUUGUCCAAAGAAGACCGGAAGUGAACACUGUUUACCAAAGAGGGGGAUUACGACCAACAAAAGACACAGAUGGCGCCAUUUACCAGAAGACAGUUGGUGGUGUUGCGUUUAAAAUAGUUUCUAUGUGUCAAGAGUUUGACACGGUAUUUAAACCUGGUUUGAUGGAAUUUGAUACACUACAGGGUGGCUGUAGAUUUGUUAUCACUUUCGACAAGAAGCUGCCAACCACCCAGACGGUGUAUACCCCGGGUCCAGUGUACAGCGCUUCCUCAGCAGUUAAUCCCUACUACCAGAGUCAGGCUGUGGAGAGACGGCGAGAGUAUUACAACCAGCCACCCGAGCCAGCGGUACAGCAGAGAGCUCCACCCCGUACAGUCGUAGUCCGAGAACCAGCGUAUCCACCUCGCCAAUCAUAUCCACCACCAAGACAAGAACCCACGCGCGUAGUUCGGUAUCAAUCUGCACCCGCCCCUCCCCCUGCCCAAGACGCACAGUAUCCCCCUCGGGCAGCACCAGCUGCUCAACCAGCAGCAAGACCUGCGUACCAACCACCGCCGCCAACAGUAGUCCGCGUCCAACCCGCAAGACGCUAUGAACCAGCUCGGGCACCAAGCGGUCCACCUCCAAAACGUGGAUUGGAUAGAUACCAACUCGAAGCUUUGGGUGUGGGGACGCUACACGACCCCCCUAUCCCAGCCGUUACAGUACCUCCCCAAUCUGAACCCCCAAUCCCUAGGGUGUAAAUACAGUUAAUGGUCUUGUGGUCUAUAAUUAUGUAUAUAGCGAAAUCGAGUGGAGAACAAUGGCUUUGGUCUUAGGAUGUAAAUAUUCGUUUCGUCUCAGUAUAAGUUUUUCAGACACGUAGUUGGAGUAUACAGUGAGCUCGCUUUAACAUACAGCUCUAAAUUUUCGUUUCGUUUUUACUGUGGGUUACUUCACUCGUUCUAUUUGGUAACCAUGUAUCUUUAAGGAAACAAACCUUCCGUGUCUGAUCAUCUCAUAUGAGUAUGUUAAGCCAUAGAACAUAUUCGAAACGAGUAGUUCUUGUCAAUUUAGUCCGAUACAUCUGUCUCAAUCCAGUCUCAGAUGGAUACUUUAACAGUUAUCGACUGGAGUAGACAACAAAGAUCUAUCAGACGAUGGAAUAGAGGCAGGUGUUACGGUCUAUAUUCAUAGAAGAUCUUAGAAUUUGGUUGGAUACACGGGGUCUCCGUAUUUUUGUUGUUGUUGAAUAACGGAAUCUUAUAUAAAUUAUAUAAAUUAAAUAUCUAACUAACUAUGUUUUUAUCAUGUCGUCGACUUCAAAAGAGUGCAGGACGGCGAUUUGUUUAUUCUUUUCUUCUGCUGUAUACCCAAUUACCGUAUACCGCAUUUCGUCGGCGUGGUGCGUGGACUGUGUAGAACGCCAUCAUGUCGUUAGUGAAGGUCGAUUUAAUGUCUAUGUUAAACAAUGUCGACAUAAACCUUGGCCAAUAUUUCUCAUCGUAGCACGCAUUUUAACACGAGUAUACUUGAAUUAGAGCUUCUCGUCCCUGCUAGUGAAAUAUGCCACAAGUGCCCUGGUAAAGGUAUGUAACCCACACUAACCACCUAUUGGGCAGAAGUCAAAGUUCAGAACUCAAUACAAGAGUCGCAGGUCGAUUGAAAGGUUUAUAUCUAUUAUAACUAUAGUGUGUAAUAAUAAUUUUAUUUAACGGAAUAAACUUUGUAAAU